ACGGGAGUAGUACGCUUUUUACGUGGGCUUCGAUAAAAAUAACGAACGAAAAUAUGGGCAUAUGGUGACAAAAUCGGUGGUGGAACGGAAUAAAGGGUCUGCCCUUGCGGUACCGGGUGGCCGAAACGGUACCCGUUGGCCGAAAAAUACAUACGACAGUUCGGAAUUUUCGAAUCCGUUAGCUCAAAGAUUGUUGUAGCUGCGGGCAAGCACGGAAAUCAGAUUUCCGCGGUGACCCUUCAGCGUAUAGCUUUGAAAUUAAUCAACAAAAAAAGCAACGAACUUCAACGAUAUAAUCAACGAUACAUUCCUUAAAAGACUUGGAAGUUUAUAUUUUUUUAUAAUUAAUUUUCUAAACUAACUAAAAUUUGGUCAAUGUGAUUAUCUGGCGAAAUCGCAAUUUGACUUCUAAUAAUAAUUAAAAAAUAAGAAAGUGUCCAGUAUAAAUGUGCAACGAAAAGUGAAAAAAUGUCCACGCAAAAUUAUUACAAGGAGAAGCUAGGGUUCGAUCCUAGGGAGUCGAUCUACAGCGAUGCGCCGCCGGAGAAAUAUCGGAAAACGGAAGAGGUACCGCACGGCUACGAGGAAAAUCUCACCAAAUUCAAAGACGAGAGAGACGCUGUCCAAAAGAAGACAUUCACAAAAUGGGUCAACAAACAUCUGAAAAAGGCAAGACGAAACAUUCGAGAUCUCUUCGUAGACCUGCGAGAUGGACACAACCUAAUUUCUCUCUUGGAAGUUUUGAGUGGCGAGCAACUCCCGAGAGAGAAAGGCCAAAUGCGCUUCCAUAUGCUUCAAAAUAUCGAAAUAGCACUGCAUUUCUUACGCUGCAAAAAAAUCAAGCUAGUCAAUAUCCGACCUGAAGACAUUGUAGAUGGCAAUCCUAAGCUGACCCUAGGUUUAAUAUGGACGAUUAUUUUACAUUUCCAGCGUAAAAUGUCUAUGUACAAGUUCGUAAAAGACUCUAGUUCCAAAAGACUCUUCAUGCAAGGAACCUCAUCCACUAGCCCUAGUCCCAGCCCUAUACUAGGUCCACCCAUAGUCACUAGCUUGGACCAAGCAAAUGGCAGCUACGACAACCUACAAGCAAUACACACCAAGAAAAAGCUCUCUACUGAAGUUUUGGGUAGCUCGUUGGAAACUAUCAAAACAAAUCGAACUGGCGAUGAUGGUUCCAGAAGAAUUACUACAAGGAUAGUGCGCAAAGUGACAACAUUAACGCGCGGCGAAGAGCAAAGUCGAGCAGAAGAUUUACUGAAACGAGCUCAGCAACAAAGCAUCAGGAGUGCCCAGGAUGUUGCACGAGAGGCGGAUGAGGUUUUAGUGAAGAGAGUCAAGAUUUCCGAUAUAAUUGUCGGUCAAGAACCCAACGUUUCCGCCAAAGAUUACCUGCUCCGAUGGGCCAAACGUACGGUACACAAAUACCCUGGAGUCCAUGUCCAAGAUUUCACCAAGUCCUGGAGGGACGGUUUGGCUUUCAGUUCCAUUUUACAUAGAAACCGGCCUGAUCUUAUCGACUGGGGCAGAGUGCGUAAUCAACGGCCUAGAGAACGUUUGGAAACUGUGUUCUAUAUGGCUGAGAAGGAGUAUGGAGUGACCAGGCUCUUGGAUCCAGAAGAUGUCGACACUCACGAACCUGAUGAGAAAUCGCUCAUCACCUACAUUUCGUCUCUGCAUGAAGUAUUUCCGGAGCCUCCGCCAAUUCACCCGCUUUAUGAUUCUGCUGCACAACAAAGGCUACAGGAAUAUAGAGAAAUUGCGAGGAAUUUGCAAAUGUGGAUUCGAGAAAAAUACAGCCUUAUGCAGGAUCGCAGUUUUCCUCCUACUCUGAUAGAAAUAAAGAAACUCUCUGCAGAAUCGACCAGAUUCCGCACUGAUGAAAUUCCUCCUAGACAAAGAGACAAACAAUACUGCCAACAACUUUACAGAGAUUUGGAAACUUAUUUCAGAAGCGUAGGCGAGGACGAUAUUGAACCAGAACUGCACAUAGACAAUAUCGAAAGAAAUUGGCAGAGGCUGAUGACGGCCUACCAAGAACGUGACAGGCACAUCAUGGAAGAAAUUAAGCGCCUAGAAAAGUUGCAAAGGUUGGCCGAAAAAGUCCACAGAGAAAUCAAGCAAACCGACUCUAACCUCGACCAAAUUGAACAAGCUAUCGAACAGGAAUCUCGAAGAAUCGAACGACUACACCCUCUGGAAGCCAAAAAAGUUGCUGACCAAAUCGAUCACGAUCUUGUUGUGACAGAGCAAGCUAUUCAGAGUCUUAAGACGGACGCUGGCGAACUGGAUAAAAAGGUAAACAAACUACACGAAAAAUGGGUACGUCUAAGGCGUCAUUUGCACAACAAAAUAGUCGGACCAUUGGCAAAUAUGAGCUUCCCAGUGGAAGAGAGAACUGUUACUAAACACAUUAGGACAGUUCAAGAGACCAGGAAUAUUGAAACCAAUCCCCACUUUAGGUCGUUACAAGAACAUAUUGAGUGGUGUAAAAAUAAACUGAAACAACUGAAAAGAGCAGACUAUGGCACUGACUUACCAUCAGUUCAACAAGAACGGGAUUCUCACCAACGCGAACACAAAAGUAUUGAGCAGUACCAUUCCAAAGUUGAGUCUUGCGUAAAAGCUCAGCAGUACUUUAGCGGCGAGGAAUUGUCCCUUUAUAACCAACAUUUAGGGCAAUUACAAAAAGUUUAUGCUGAACUGCUGUCGUUCAGUACCAACAGGGCCAAUGAUUUGGAAAGUUUCUAUGAUUUUAUCCAAUCAGCUACCAGAGAAUUGCAAUGGCUAAAUGAAAAAGAAGAAAUAGAAGUUACCCGAGAUUGGAGUGAUGUUAAAUUGGAUGUAGACGGUGUUGAGAAGUAUUUUGAGCACCUGAUGAGUGAUUUAGAAAAGCGCGAAAUUCAAUUCAAUUCAGUAUUGGAACGUGGAGAAGCUCUUAUCCUCCAAGCACAUCCAGCUACCAAAGCUAUCGAAGCGCACUUAGCCGCAAUGAAUGCUCAAUGGGCCUGGUUGCUCCAGCUCACCCAUUGUUUGGAAACGCAUCUGCAAAACACCAGGAUCUAUCAGCUUUUCUUUAAGGAUAUUGUUACUGCCGAGGAAUGGCUUAAAGAGAAAGACGAAAUCAUGAACACUGAAUUUAGUCAAGGUGAAUUCGGCCUAGAUGUUGGUGAGCGUCUUUUGCAAGGCAUGCAAGAGCUCAGAGAUGAUCUCAAUACUUUUGGAGAUCAAGUGCAAGCCCUUGCCGAACGGGCGCAAAAUGUUGUGCCACUCAAACAGCGAAGGCAGCCCAUUACAAGGCCAAUGACAGUCACUGCUAUUUGUAAUUACAAAAAGAACGAUUUUGUUAUUGAAAGAAGCAAAGAGUGCACCCUAACUGAUAAUUCCGGUCGUACUAAAUGGAGAGUACACAAUUCCAAAGGCAUAGAAUGCCAGGUUCCAGGAGUAUGUUUUGUCCUUUUACCACCAGACAAGGAUGCUCUAGAUGCAGUAGAUCGUUUACAACGUCAAUAUGACCGCUCUCUAGCCUUGUGGCAAAAGAAACAACUAAGAAUGAGACAAAACAUGAUUUUUGCAACCAUUAAAGUUGUUAAAGGUUGGGAUUUACCGCAGUUUGUUGCCAUAGGAGCUGCACAAAGAAAUGCAAUUAGGAAAGCUUUAAAUGAAGAUGCUGAUAAAUUAAUAGCUGAAGGUGAUCCAUCUGAUCCACAAUUGAGACGUUUGAGGCGAGAAAUGGAUGAGGUUAAUAGGUUAUUUGAUGAAUUUGAAAAACGGGCUAGAGCUGAAGAAGAAAGUAAAAACCAAACCAAGGUUUUCAAUAAUCAAAUUUACAAUCUUCAACGUGCGCUUGAUGAAGCUGAACGUAUUAUUAAUCAGCGAGUUGUAUCCCCAUUACCGAGAGAUAUCGACUCUUUACAACAACUAGUAAGAGAACAUAAAGAAUUUGAAUCUAGACUACAAAGUUUGGAACCCGAAAUUGAACAAUGCAAGGAAACGUUCAGAUCCAUUACCCUCAAAACGCCCCAACACAAAAAAGACCUUGAAAAAAUGCUUGAAAAAUGGAAAUACAUUUGGAGCACCAGCCAAUUGUAUAUAGAACGUCUUAAGUGCAUAGAAAUCGUUAUAAAUGGCAUGGAUGAUGCUCAACAAGUAAUUUCAGAGUUUGAACACAAACUUGCAGGUCUCAGAGAACUUCCCAACACACAGAAAGGCCUUAAAGCUGUACACGAUGAUUUAUUGAAACUUGAAAGUGCAGUGGGUCAACAACAAAUCGCCAUGGACCAAUUGAAUGACGAUUUUGAUAAUGCCAGGACUGUAACUGAAAAAUCCAGGACCAACCAACGAGGACCACAUUCUGAUGUUGAACGUUUGGACAAAGAUGUUCAAAGAUUAAACAGUAGGUGGGCGAAUGUGUGCCAACAAUUAGCUGAUAGGUUGAAAGGUUGCCAGCAAGCCUACGAAUUGUUGCAAAAAUAUGCUGAAGUCAAACCAGUGGAAGAUGAUUGGUUGAAUGAGCAAUAUGGUAAAUUGGAGGCCUUGCAGCCUAUCAAGGAUAGAGCUAAGGAUACUCUGGAUUCCACUAGGAAUCUGUUGAACAGUGUAGUGGAGCGCACCCCUAAGAUCGAGCACGUGAACUUAAACGGUGGUAGAUUCAUCAGGGAAGGAAAGAUAUGGAGCAAAGGCGUCCAAAAGUUCCGUGACGCCCUACUGGAAGCCCAUCCAUCGUUGGACGCCAGCGAUCUCUUCACCAAACAAGAUGAUGCUGGUCUAUCUGGAGCUGACAUUGUCACAAAGGAAUUGGAUGAGUUUAACGAUCGGUACCAGUACCUGGUGCAGAUUUUGUACGGAAGACUGCAGGACAUUGCACAUAUGAAUCCGAACGACAUAGUAACAUUGCGGUUGGUCGAACAAAUGCAACCUCAGCCUUUCCGAACAUUUAGAACUGAAUUCCACAUGAGCAGUGCUAGUGAGCACACUUCAACCUACACCACAACCACUCACUACAGUAAACAAUAUAUCCAGACAACUAGAACUGAAAAUGGUACCAGCAUUAAAAUAUCCGAUAACCAACAAAAUCGCCCGUUUGACGAAACCGAUAAAAUUGCAAACGGUCGGCCUCCUGAUAAACAUACCACCCUAACGCAAAUUAUACAAGAAGUACCCCAAAAUUGGGGUACCUCAAUGCGAUUCUCGGAAAUUAAAUCCCUGAAACGAAUACACAAAGUACACGAAGGCAUCGGUACCGAAAAUAUUACCGAUAUCGCCGGUAUCAUCAAUCCUUAUACCGGAGAACAAAUGACUGUACGCGACGCGAUAUUGCAAAGAAUUUUAGAUGUGCGUACAGGAAAAAUUAUUUGCUCACCUGAUGGUACUCAAGUUACCAUUGACGAAGCUAAAAGAAUAGGUCUUAUAGAACCCAAAGUAGCUGAGAAGCUCCAAAGUCCGUGCGGUAUUAAAGAAGACGGCCACGAGUUAACUUUACUUGAAGUAAUUCAGAGAGAUAUUUUUGAAGCUGAACAUGGCGAUUCAUCGGAGAAACGACCAAAGGUAACACAUUCCAUAACAAUUAACGAGGCCAUUGAUGAUGGAAAAGUUGAUGUAACUUCCGGAACUUAUACAUUAGAAUCUGGCGAAACUAUUGAUAUAAAAGAGGCUUACAAGAGGGGUUACCUUUUGCAGCAUACGGAAGUUAAAUUACAAACGGGAGCUUUGGCUUUAACUGAUGUCAUUACCCAAGGGCUGAUUGAUGACGUUACGGGCUGGAUUAUCGAUAGGAAUUCGGGUAAUAAAUAUCAAAUUGAUGCGGCAUGUAAAUGUAAUAUUAUUGAGGAUGAUUUAAGGGAAAUUGUCGAUCCAAAACUCGAUACUAAAAUAACUGUUAUUCAAGCUAUAGAUAAAGGUAUUAUAAAUCCAAAGUUGGGUAAAUACGUUUUAGGCCAUGAAAAAAUAUCUUUUCUCGAAGCUAAACGGCGGCAAUUAAUAAUUAAACCAAAAACUUUAAAAGAAAUUGUUGACGAUAACUUAAUGGAUGAGGGGGGUAAAAUCUUAUCCCCUUUACACAGCUCUCGAUUAACUCUUCUAGAAGCGGCAAAUCGUGGCGUUUUAGACGUCGACCAAAUUAAAUCAAUUCUAGAUUUCCGUACAAGCGAUCUUAUCACCCUUAACGAUGCUCUGCGGGAAGGCAUAAUAUUACCCAAUAGUACAUUUAGAAAUUCCGUUACCGGCGAAGUUAUAACCGUAACAGAAGCUGUAAAUAGAGGAUAUAUAAUUUCAGUAGUUAGGAAAUCAAUUUUCGAUGUAGAUGGUUUUCAACCACCUGAUAAGUCCGACCAUAUUAGCUUUAAUGCAGCUAGCGCUAAAGGUUUUAUAAGUAAGAAAAAUAACGGCAGUUUAUUAGUUAAUAAGAAGAGCGGAAAGUUAAUUACAUUUUCUGAAGGCGUUCAAUCUGGCGAGGUGAAACCAGAAGUUUAUGAAAUGCUAACUCGUAAUGUAGGAAUUUUCGAUAAUCAACAAGAACUUUCAGUUAUUGAAGCAGUUUUUAAAGGCUACAUAGAUUCUAAAACCGGCAAUUUAAUUGAUAUUAAAACUAACAAAACCGUAUAUCUUAACGAAGCCAUUGCGCAGCAUCUAAUUACCCCUGAGGGCGCAGCUAUGUUAAACAGCUUAUUAAAUCUUAACGUAUCCACUAAAAUAACUCGUACUCUAGUUCAAAGAUAUGUUACUGUAACUAGUAAAGACAUUAAACAAGAAAUUAUUACCUAUACAGAGGCUUUAAGGUUAGGUUUAAUUAGUAAUGAGCAACAAACUUUUAGAGACCCUAUUACAAACGAAAUUAUUCCAAUUAUUCAGGCUAUAAGCGAAGGUAGACUGGCACCUGAUGUAGAAAGUUCCGAAAAAAUUAUGACUCCUAAAACUCCUACUUCAACUGUGAUCACUAUACUUAGCAAAAAAGAAACUCCUAUUCACAAAGCAGAUAAAAAAUCAACUGAAAAGCAAGUUUAUGAGUUACCUAGUGAUGGGUGGUCACUAUCUGAAGCAAUCAGCCAGAAAUAUUUUGAUCCAAUCACAGGUUUGUUCAUAAUACCUGGCACAGAUCGUUUAGCAAGUUUUGAAGAAUGUGUAAGCUUGCAACUUAUAAGUUCCAACUCGGCUACUGUUAUUGAUCCAGUAACGAAAAGGAAACUCAGUAUUAAAAAAGCUUUGGACAAAAAGAUACUUGAUUGCACGGGUCAUUAUAAAAUUGGCCAGGAACUGCUUACCAUAGAAGAAGCCAUCAAGCGCGGCUAUAUUUUAUUAGAAAAACCUAUGGAAGUUGAUCAACCCACAAGAUUGCUACAAGUUACUAAAGAUGGAAAGCCUUCCAGAGUUGAAGUGUCAACAAUACUUAUUAAAAACCCACCUGAUUAUACUGAAGAUAAGAUAUCUGAUGGUGCUUCCGCUCAUCAACCAGUAGAGGUAAUACCAGGAAUUAUCUAUGAUCCUUCUGCAAACUUAAUAGUAAAUACAGAAAAUAAUGAAGCAAUUAAUUUAAUUCUUGCGGCAAAAGAAAACAAAAUUCCUUCAGAUAGUGUUACAGUGAUUGAUCCUUUUACAGGUAAAACUGUGGAAGUUAAAGAAGCCAUAAGACGAAAUAUUAUUGAUCCAGAAAAGGACCAAUAUACUGAUAAAGUGGGCCAAAAAAUAUCGGUCAAAGAUGCUGUGAAACUUGGUUUUGUUAUUGUGGCAGGAGCACCAAUAGCAGCAGUUUCUUCCGUAGUUAAAACUAUUAAAAGUUUAUAUGUGGUCAAUCCAAAAACUGGAGAAAAAAUUCUUGCAGAAAAAGCUUUACAACAAGGCAUAAUUGAUUUGGCAACUUAUGAAAAAAUGCAAGAGGAUUUAGAUUAUGCCAAUAAAAUCCAAAAAGUGACAAAAAUUACAGAUAUCAAAUCAGGUAGAAUUGAUAGUAGCCAGGAAGCUCUUGAAAAACUGAUCAUCUCUCCUCAACAGCAGGAAGAAACGACAACACGACAAACUACCACUAUAACUUGUCACCCCACUCUAACCAUAACUGACUCGAAGACAGGAAAAACAUACACCACUAAUGAAGCACUUAAGCAAGGUAUUAUUACCCCUCAGGAAAUAGGAAAAUUAGAGCUGGAAAACGGAACUCAUGUAACACUUUCCAAAAGAGAUAAAACGGGUGAUACUAGUGAUGAAGCACCUAAGCGUGACAUUAUCUCACCUGAAAAAUUGAAACAAUCAAAAACACAAAGCACUAUUGUAACCGUUACUGAUCCCGACACUGGCAAAACUUACAGCAUCCAAGAAGCUCUGAAUCAGGGCAUUAUUACACCCCUUCAACUGGAAGAGCUAGAAAAACAAAGUAAAGUCACAACAGCUAUAACGCACACUACUUUAACAAUUACAGAUCCAAAUACAGGCAAAACAUAUACUAGUCAGGAAGCUUUAGAUCAAGGUAUUGUUACUCUCCUAGAAUUAGAAGAGCUAGAACGGCAAAGUUCCAUCGAAACCGCAACGGUUUCAACACACACUGUUAUUAAAAUUACAGAUCCAAAAACUGGCAAAACGUAUACAAGUGAAGAGGCUCUUCAACAAGGCAUUAUUACUCCGCAAGAGCUACAAGAACUAGCAAGCCAAGGAACUACUGUUCAAAUAACUGAUCCUCAAACUGGUAAAACAUAUUCCAGUGAAGAAGCUCUUGCCAAAGGAGUUAUCACACCUCAACAAAUGAAAGAUUUAAAAACACAAUCCUCUGCUAAAAUAAAACUCUUAGACACAACGACAAUUACUUUGGAUGAUGAAGAUGGUCCAUCCGAAGGUCAAAAAACGCGUGCAAGGAUAACCAUCGAGCCUACCUAUAAAGUGAAAAUUGGCCGAGCUCAAUCUUUAAGUCCGGAGAGAGAAGCUAAAAAAGUGGUUUUGCAAAAACUCCGCAGAAAAAUUGUUCAUCCAGAAGAUGCAGCCAAAUCCGGUCUUAUUGAAGCCGAUGCCGCUUCGUUGCUGGUAAACAAAACAAACUUCAUAAGUGAAGAGGGAGGAACCCUUACUUUACAGGAAGCUUUAGAGUUGAACAAAUUCGAUGGAAAUAAAGGUAUUAUUGUAGAUCCUCAAAGAGGCGAGCAAUUAACCAUAAACGAAGCAAUUUCUCGUGGUAUUCUAGAUCCAGACGGAUCCAAUGAAAUUUUAGUGCCCUUAAAUCAUAGCCUAUCAAUCCCUGAAGUAAUAAAGCAAGGACUGCUCGAUGUGGCCACACAAAAGGUUGUGCAUCCCGAAACUGGAGCGCAUUUAAGUAUUAGCGAAGCAAUUAUCUGUGAUAUUGUAGAUCCAUUAAGUACGUUAGUUGAAAAAACUGGCAAUACAAUCACCUUAGGUGAAGCUCUGGAAAGCGGAGUCGUUGAUGAUGAAACAUCUGUUGUAACAACUAGAGCUGGUGUUAAAAAUUUGCAAGAAGCUGUUGAAGAGAAUGUUUUUGAUGAAACCAAGCUUUCUGGUCCAUUGGAUUUGCCUCCAGCAGGUAUGACAUUACCCGUAGCAAUUAAACUUGGCCUUGUGAAUACCGAAAAGAAAGAAAUUUUACAUCCUGUUACUAGAGAAGCUAUAUCCCUUGAUGUAGCAAUUAAAGAUAACCUUAUUAUGGCCUUACCUUUCCCAGUUUCUCAAAAAGCCAUUAAUAUAGAAGACGCUUUGGAUUCCAGAUUGAUCGAUACAGAUUCAGGAACAUUCAAAGAUCCACUAUCCAAGGAAAUCUACCCCAUAUCUGAAGCUGUUGAAAAGGGGUUACUUAUUGUUAAAGAACCCACAAGCGUAAUUUCUUUCAGUACCAGCGCUCCUGUUACAACAGUAACAGAAACUGUGAAUACUAUCCAUACAGUAACCACAAAGACAAUUGAAAUUUUAGCUGGAUACGCUAUGUUGAAUAAAAAUGAAGUGCAAAAUAUUGAAACCGGUCAAAUUAUUUCUAUUGAAGAAGCUAAGAACCAAGGCAUUAUUAAAGAUAUUAAUGAAACUAAAAAUAAAACAGUUAUUAAAGAUAUUCAUAUGUCAUUCUCUGAUGCACUUAAUAAAGGCCUGGUCGAUAUGAAUGCUGGCACGUUCACUGAUCCAAAAUCAGGUGAAUCAAUUCCAAUUCAACAAGCCUUACAAGAAGGCAAAAUUAGUGCUGAGCCUCAAGGAACUAGUGAGGAAACCAAUAUAGCUACAACAAAAACGUCCGAACUAAAUAUUUCUGAAGCAUUUGAAACAAUUUACGAUGAAAAAACACAGAAAUUUAUUGACAUGUCAGAUAAUAAAAAAGAAAUAACGUUCCAAGAAGCUUUGGAAAAGGAAAUUAUUGAUCCCAAUUCGAUUGUUUAUGAUGUGACUUCACAAAAACCAAUAACCCUGGAACAAGCUGUUGAGAAAGGUUUAAUUGAUAAGCAAACUGGUAAAGUGAAAGACGAAAAAACUGGCAAAAGCAUUAAUUUCAAAGAAGCUACAAAAAAAGGAUUAAUUGCGGUGUUGGGAGGACUAGCUUUACCAGUUAUUGCUCCAGUAGCUGCGGGAGUAGCUGCUGUAAAUGCUGUUAAAGAUUAUGCUGAUAAAAAGAAACAAGAAAGAGAAAAAUCAACCACUUCCAGACAAAAUGUCAGUUCAGAAUUCAUCAUGCACGAACAAGAAAAGUCACUCCAAGUUGAAGUAGUUGAAGUAGAAAUGCCGCAACAACGUACAUCUACAGUGCACAUAAUUAAAAAAGAAGAAUCACUUUCCAGUCCAGACAUAGUUCAAAUCUUAGCUAUUGGAGAUGCCAUUUCUCAAAACCUAAUCGAACCAAAAAUAUGUCGUAUUAUUUAUGGAAGUAAAGAACUACCUUACACAGUGCAAGAUGGUUUGGAUCAAAAGAAAAUAAGUCCUUUGGAUGAGGUGCAAGUAAUUUCGAAUUAUAGAGUGAUUCUUGUUGAUGUUCACAAAAAUGCUGUUAUUACUAUUUCCAAGCACAUGACUGGCCAAAAAUUGGCUGAAUUAGGUUAUUAUGAUUUGCGUAAAAGAAUGUUUGUGGAUCCACAAUCUGGAGCUCAUAUAACGUUUGAAGAAUUAGUUUAUGAACUGGGAGUUAUCGAUCCAGAUACUGUUUUAGUUAAAGACUUAACCAAAAAACCACCAACUUAUGUUACUUUGCAUGAAGCCCUAGAAAGGCCACUAAUGGACCGUCAAACUGGAUAUAUGGUUGAUCCAAAAACUGGCAAGCGUGUACCGUUCUUUGAAGCAGUUAAAUUACGUUGGAUUAUUCAUGUUGACGAUAAACCUAAGGAAAAAUAUAAACCGAUAACGCUUCAGGAGAUUGUGGAAACUGAUCAAUUUGAUCCAGAAAAAGUUGAAGUCAGAACUAACACUGGAACUAUACCUCUUAUAAAAGCUUUGAACACGAAUAUUGUUGAUCCCAAAUCAGUAACAAUUCAAGAUCCUAAAAAUAUGCAAUUAGUUCCUUAUUAUGAAGCUAUUGAUAAGCAAAUUGUUGAUCCACAACGUGGACUUAUUAUAAAUACUUCAACACAAAAGACUGUUUCGUUUACAGAAGCUUUCCAGACUGGUUUGGUUCUAGCAAUGCCACGUCCUAUAUCCUUACAAGCGGUGAUUCACAAAGGCAUGUACGAUAGCGAAUCAGCUAAAAUUAAAGAUCCUUUAACAAAACAAUUAUUGCCAAUCACUGAAGCUAUUAAAAGACAAAUUGUCGAUGAUAAAAUAAGCGAAAUUAAAGAUACCAAAGACGAUACCUUUGUCGUUUUGGAAGAUGCCAUUACUAAAGAUAUUGUUAACGGCAAUGAUGGCAAAAUUAAAGACACAAAAACUGGCCAGUUAGUGCCAUUUGAUGAAGCUUUAGGACAACAGCUAAUACGUACCAAACCAGUAGUAUUUAAUUUGCUUCAAGUAAUUUUGGCUAAUUAUUAUUCACCACAGACAGGCUUAAUUUUGAAUCCUAUAACAGGUGAAGAAAUUACACUUGCCAAAGCUAUUGAAUACAAAUUAGUCGAUCCAGUAACCACAAGAAUUAAGGACGAUAGGCGGGGCCGUAUUGUAGAAAUUCAAGAAGCCAUUGAAAACAAUUUAAUUGAUCCAGAAAAAGGUUUGCUAACCAACCCACCACUUACUUUAGAUCAAGCCUACCUUAAAGGCUAUAUUUUAAGCACUGUACUACCAUGGUCUUUACAAGAAACUUUAGCCCAAAACGUUUACGAUGCCAAUUCUGGUUUGAUAAUAUUCAACGACACAAAUGUCACUAUUAGCCAAGCAAUUGAAGGUGGCAUAAUUAAUCCUAAUGUUUUAACAGUUAAAGAUCCAAAAUCUGCAGAUAUUAUAACACUUAACGAAGCCAUUCAAAACAAACUCAUAGACCCAGUUAAAGGACAAGCGUAUGAUCCAAUAACGAAUAGUGAAAUAAACUUGAUUGAAGCUCAAGAACGCGGUCUUAUAGUUCCAUAUAAAACUCAGAUCACUUUACCCGAAGCUGUUUUUAAAGGCUUCUACGACCCAACCACGGGCAAAUUUAUAAAUCCGAAAAACAAAGAAAGAUUAAAGGCUUCAAGUGCUAUAAAUAGGGGCUAUGUUGAUAUUUCGGGAACUUUGGUAACUAUUGACGAAGAAAUUGUAACAUUCGACCAAGCCGUCACUGAUGGUAUUAUUGAUACUAAUGAGGGUAUUUUAAUGAGAUAUAAUGAGCCAGUUGACUUUAAUGAGGCCUUUGAACGAGGCCUUCUAGUAGAAAUCCGUCCUCCUAUUCCAUUAAGUGAAGCCAUCGCUAAAGGUAUUUACGAUGAAGAAUCUCAACUAUUUUUAGAUCCUGAGACUGGGCAAUAUUUGACUCUGAUUGAAGCCAUUGAAAUUAGUUUAAUAGAUGCAAAAUCUGUGAGUGUUAAAGAUACUCGAGUUGGAAUAUGGCGUAAAAUUCCUCUUAUUGAUGCUAUACAUAAUAAUUAUGUUGAUGGUAAUACUGGGAACGUUAGAGACUUUUCUAAAGGUGACCACUUUGAGGUUUCCUUACAAAAAGCUUUUGAUUUGGGGAUUUUGGUUGACAAUAAGGCGGCAGUGAGCCUGCAAAGAGCAAUACAUCAAGGUUUGUAUGAUGAAAAUACUGGAAAAAUAUCAGAUCCCUCAACAAAUAGGAAAGUCACCUUGCAUGAAGCUAUAAGAAACUUCAGUGUAAAUCCAUUGUUGCCAUGCUAUUAUGAUAGAAAACAAGGAAAGCUGUAUAAUCUCUCUGAAACAUGUCAGCUUGGUAUAAUUGAUAGAAGAAACGGCACAUUCAAAGAACUUGUUAGCGACAAUCCAAUAAAAUUAUCAGAAGCUCUUAACCGAGGGUAUAUUGUUGACAUAGAAACUGUCAAUUUUGGUUUGGCAGAAGCUUUGGAAAUGGGACUUUUUAUUCCGGAAGAAGGAUUGUUUAUUCAUCCCACUACAGGUAGGAAAUACAAUCUUAAAGAAGCUAUUGAAAAUGAAUUAAUAAACCCUGUAACUUCAAUUAUCAAAAAUAGUAAACUCAAUAAAUAUCUUUCUCUAUCUAUAGCUAUUGAAACAAAAAUUAUUGAUGACAAUUUGGGUAUUUACACGUUUCCUCAUGGUAAAACAGUUGAUUUAUUAGAAGCUAAAAAUAAGGGCCUUAUUGUUACCUCGCGUACUCCUCUAACUCUAGAAGAAGCCUUGCAAAAUAACUUAUAUAGAGCAGAAUCGGGUAAAUUUGCAAAUCCUAUCAAUAACGAAUUUUAUGAUAUUAAACAAGCUCUCACAAACAAAUUUAUUGAUCCUCAAACAACUGCUCUUAAAGAUUUUACGAACAAUACCACAAAAUCAUUGCCUUUAGCAAUAGAAGAAGGUAAAAUUGACAUAGAAAAAGGUCGCGUUCUCGAUUCGAAGUCCAAGAAAACAUACAACCUUGACGAAGCGUUUAAAAAAGGUCUCUUAAUAACCCUCACUAAGCCUUUAGAAGAAGAAUUUAUUCAGCAGUCAGUUAUUGAUUCUGCGGCUGCUCCAAGGCAGCUACGUGAAUGUGCCUUAGACGAAGCUAUUAAAUUCGAGUUGUUGAAUCUCGAACUAGCUGUUAUUAAAGAUUUACAAACUGGUAGAUUCAAGCCUGUAGCAGAAGCUGUUAAUGAUGGUCAGUUAGAGUUAACUAAAACUGUUGUUUUCGAUGUUCAAGCGGGUAAAGUUAAAUCCUUUAUUGUUACUUACGAUCAAACUUUAAUUAUUUAUGUGAAAGAACCUUUGGCCUUUAAACAAGCUAUUAAUGAAGGUCAUUUAAAUAUUAAUACCGGUAAAUUUACUAUACCGAAUUCCGAUGAAGAAAUCACCCUUAAAGAUUCAAUCGCCCUUGGUUUCAUUGACCCUGAUAGUGUUUUAAUAAAAGAUUCGAAUAAAAAGAAGUUGAUAAAACUUCCCGAAGGCUUCAGAAAGGGCCUCAUUGAAGCCGAGAAGGGCAACGUAUUAGAUAGUGCAACUUCUAAGUUGUAUACCUUACGAGCAGCAUUAGAUUCAGGGUUACUGAUAACACCAAAUGUUGGGUUCACUGUAAUAGAAAGCGUUACAUAUGGAAUUUAUAACCCAACAACCGGUUGCUUUUCUGAUCCAUUUAUAACCACCAAUAUAAUUGAUAGAAAGAAACUUACUUUGAAUGAAGCGAUAGAUCAGAAUUUGGUUGAUCCAAGUACUACGGUGGUUAAAGACGUUGAAAGUGGUACUAUAAUGCCUAUAUUGCAAGGUAUUGAAACAAAGGUGGUCGAUGCAGUUGCAGGUAGAAUACACUGUGCAACUGAAAAGAAAGAUUACGAUUUUGCGAAAGCUCUUGAAAUGGGCUUAAUUCUUCCAGCCGAACAACGGCAAGCCGUUGAAGAGAAAUACAAACUGUGCGACGAUACUUUAUCAAAACUGUUGCUCUGGAUCAGUGAAAUUGAAGACAAAAUCGCCUCCCAAGACGUUAUCCACGAAGUGGAAGAAGAACUCAGAAAUCAAAUAAACACCAUGAAGCAAAUUAAAGACGACUUGAACCAACAUUCUGGCCAAGUAGCUCAUUGUAACGACCAAGUCAGACAACUUGUAUUGACCGCAGGUGAUAUUUUAUCCAAAAGUGAAGUUUCUGCUUUGGAAAAGAGUGGUCGUAUCCUCAAAACUCGUUACGAGAAAGCUUUAGAUAAAGCAGAUAAAUUACUUAGACGUCAAUGGUCUGCCAGAGAUGAACUUGCCAAGCUAAAGAAUGAACUGAAUGUCUUCUCGACUUGGUUGAAUAAAGCUAGAAGAACUUUGGAAGAUAAAGAAAGGGCUUUGAGCGAUUUACAGAGGUUGGAUUCCAGUACUGAUAGCGUUAGGGAGUUUGUCAGUGAUGUGAUUGAUCAUAAAGCAGAUUUAAGAUUCAUUACAAUAUCUGCUCAAAAGUUUGUUGAUGAAGGAACAGAAUAUCUUAAUAUUCUGAAUGACUUCAGAACAUCACUACCAUCACGUCUCCCACACAUUGAACCCCUAUCGUCCCAAGAGUCCCCUGUACGCAGUGAAGUCUCUUUAGUCACUCAACAAUACAGAGAUUUACUCAAUCGAGCCAAUAAUCUAUCAGCCAGACUUUCCGGAGUUGGAACUUGCCAGCGCGACUAUUCAGACGCUCUGGAUAGAGCCAGAUCAUGGCUGAGAGAAGCUGAACCCAGAGCUAGUAAACUACUCAAUGAGCCUAUAGGAGGAGACCCAAAAACUGUUGAAGAUCAGUUACAAAAAGCUAAGACACUUAAUAAUGAAUUUAUUGCUAAUGGACAGCUUAUUGAUAAUGCUAAACAGGCUACAGCUGCCUUGGUAAGAUCCCUGGAAGGUCAAAUAACUCCCUCAGAAAUAACUCGCCUAGAAGAACCAGUUCACAAUGUGGAAAACAAAUACAAUCAAUUAAGUAGCGCUAUAGCAAACAGGUGCCAAGAACUUGAUACUGCGCUAAUACAAUCUCAAGGAGUGCAAGAUGCAUUGGAUGGUAUCAUUGACUGGCUAAAUCAAGCUGAAAACAAAUUCAAAAACAUGCAAAGACCUGCCUCGUUAAUACAAGAACGUUUGGAAGAGCAAACUCGUGAACAUAAAGUUUUCCAAUCGGAAGUUGAUACUCAUAUUUCUUCCAUUGAUUCAAUAUAUCUUUCAGCUAAUGAGCUAAUUGUGUCUACAAGCAAUGCGCGUGUAGCUAAGCAAAUAGAAGGUAAACUAAACGAUGUUAAGAAUCGUUUUGAGAAAUUAUUUGAUCGAGUCCAAAAUCGUGGAGUGUUACUUGCUGAAGUGAACAGAGACUUGAUAGCUUUUAACAACCAAGCGGCUAAAUUUGAAAAAUGGUAUAGCGAAAUUAUGGAAAUAAUUGAAUCUCGCGAGCUAGCCAAAGCUCCAGUAGAACAAUAUGCAAUGCAAAUGAAACAAAUCGCUAAAAAUCGCGAGGACAAUAGAGCUUUAUUUGAAGAAGUUGUUGGUAUUGGUAAGGACUUAUUAAAUAGACGCGAUAUCACUGAUACAACAAAUGUCAGAGAUCGGGUUAAAAACAUGGAAACUCAAUGGAGAGAUCUAGAAAACCUCAUGGAGGAGAAAACUAAAUUGUCAAAGCUAAGAGCUGAACAAUAUAAUGCAUAUGAAGCUUUGAAAGAUCAAGUCUUGGACUGGCUAUCUAGAACGGAAACUAAGGUAGCUCGUUUUGACAUUGUUGCAAUUCACCUAGAAACUUUGAGAAAGCAAAACGAGGAGCUCAAACCUAUUGCGUUAGAUUAUAAAGGAUAUUCUUCAACUAUCGAUAAAAUUAAUGAUAUUGGUUCCGCUUAUGAUAGUUUAAUUAGAGGAGAUAGACCAGACUCUCCUUCACGGCGCAAAGGUUAUAGUCCCACAAAACGAUUAUCAGGACGUAGAUCUUCACAAGAUGGGCGUUCUCCAUCUCCGACCAAAGGGUUGAGCCCUCUAUCGCCUAGUGGGUCUAGUGGAUUCUCUUCUCGACGUUCGAGUCAAGAUGGAUUCCAUUUGGAAGAAUUAUCACCUAUCCAACAACAAUUAUCAGAAAUCAAUAAUAGAUAUUCAUUAUUAGGAGUGAAAAUCAAUGACAGACAAUCAGAAAUUGAUUUAUUACGUGAGGAGCUUAAGAAACAGUUAGAUAAUCUGAAAACACUAAGCACCUUCCUGGAAAAAACUCAAAGACAAUUACCCAAAGAUAGUGUGCCAAACACUAAAGACGAAGCAGAUAAACUCAACAAACAAAUCAGGCAUAUUUUGGAAGAAAUGUACGAAAAACAAUCCCUAUUGGAUACAACGACUAGCCAAGUUCAAGACCUUUUGAGGCGUAAAGCUGGAGCUAUUGGAGCUAAUAAUCUCAAUGACGAACUUGAAGAAGUCUUGUCACACUGGAAGAGCCUUAGUGACCAUCUUAAAAACCGCAUUAAAUUCAUGGAAGAUAUAAAAGAAUUCCAUGAUACUCAUGAUUCGUUAUCCUCUUGGUUAAGUGCCAAAGAACGUAUGCUAACAGUCCUUGGGCCAAUAUCAAGUGAUUCAAGAAUGGUUCAAUCUCAAGUACAGCAAGUGCAAGUUUUGCGUGAAGAAUUUAGAUCGCAACAACCGCAAUUGCAACAUCUUCUUGAUGUAGGAGACAAUGUUUUAUCUUACUUAGAACCUAAAACGCCUGAUCAUCAAAAGAUCGAUAAUAAAUUGACAGCAGUUCAACAAAAAUGGGCUGAUAUAUUAGGCAAAUUAGAGGAACGUGCUGAUUCUCUUGGAGCUGCCGCUGAUACGAGCAGAGAAUUUGAUGCUCAACUUACCAGACUCAGAGAUGCUUUGCAAGGCAUUUCCGAUAACUUGGAUGAAGUAUCGUUUGAAAAAGAUCCAGAAAGCCAAUUGAGGAAAGUUGAAAACCUUGAAAGACAAUUGGAAGGUCAACGCCCAUUAUUAGCUGAUCUUGAAGCUAAUGGAGCUCAGCUAUGUGAGGUUUUGAGCGAUCCAUCUUCAAGGGCCGAUAUUCAAGGUAAACUUGCUUCAAUUGGGCGGCAAUAUAACGCUCUGCAAAAGAAACUUGAUCUCAAAAAAGCUGAAAUUGAAGGUUCAUUGAGAGAUGGCCGACAAUUUGAAGAAUCAUGUGCCAAAACUCUUGGUUGGCUAUCUGAUGAGUUAGGAUCACUAAGCGAACGGUUAUUAAUAUCUGCUGAUAGAGAUGUCUUGGAGCAACAACUUUCUCAUCACGAACCUAUUUAUAGAGACGUGCUUGCCAGAGAACAUGAAGUUAUAAUGUUAAUUAAUAAGGGAAGAGACGUGAUUUCAAGGGCAACUAAGAGCGACACCAGAUCAAUUCAGAGAGAUUUAGACAAAAUUCAACAAUCUUGGGAUAAAUUACGUAAAGAAGCCCAAGACCGUCAAACCAGAUUAAAAACUUGUCAAGAACAUUGCCGCAAAUAUUACACUGCUUUAGAAUCAUUCCUUCCUUGGCUCCGUCAAGCAGAGGAUAAAAUUGAUUCCCUUCGUUUACAAUCAUUUGAAAAGAAGCACAUUGAAAAGCAACUUAAAGAACUACAAGCUUUUAGGAACGAAGUUUGGAAAAAAUCAGGUGAAUAUGAAAACACAAAAUCUUUGGGUGAUACUUUUGUUGGUUCUUGUGAUAUUGAUAAAGAUAUCGUUAAAAACGAAUUGCAAGAGCUUAAAGAACGAUGGGAUAAACUGAAUAACGAUCUUAUUUUGCGCACUCAGGCGCUUGAAGACCAAUCAAGAAAACUGGCCGAUUUCAAUGAGAAUCUACGAGAUCUUAAACAUGGGCUAGAACGUUGUGAAGAUAAACUUGCCUCGCACGACUCUUUAGGAGGUGCUUCUAGAGAUCCCAAACUUUUAGACCGAAUUAGAGCUUUGAAAGAAGAAACUUUGAAACUUAAAAAACCACUUCAAGCUCUUAGAAAUCAAGCUGCUGAUCUCUGCCAUGAAGCUACAGAAAAUGGCAUUGACGCAAACCACCUUAAAAAUGAAGUAGAAAGUAUUGGAGAUCGCAUUGACGAUUUGCAAGGCAAACUGGACGAUCGUUGCUCUGAACUUCAAUCCGCGGCGACUGCAGUAACACAAUUCAAUGACAAAGUCAAAGUACUAACACUUGAUCUUUUGGGCCUUGAAAAUGAACUGGAUAACAUGAAAGCACCUGGUAGAGACGUUAAAACUGUCCGUGCUCAAAUCGAUGACGUUGCUAAAUUCAUCAACAAGGUGAAUAAGGCCUCUAACGAUGUAGAAGAUGCUAUUCUAGCCGGAGAACGUCUUGUAGAUAGCGGAUUUGCUCCAGAUACUGCUCAAACUCGCCAGCAAGUUGAUACUUUGAAAAGGCAACUUGGAAAACUUGAUGAUCGCGCCCUGAGCAGAGAAAAAGACCUUGGAGCAACUCUUAAGAAACUUGAAGACUUUUACAUUGGACAUGCCGAGAUUUUAGAAGGAGUCAAAGAUGCUUCUGAUCAAGUCCGUAAGCUUAAACCUAUUGGCUCUGAUGUUGAAGGAAUUAGAGCCCAACAAAAAGAUUUUAAAAAAUUCACAGCAAGUAUUGUUGAUCCGUUAAGCAAGCACGUAGAUGAUGUUAAUAGAUUUGGUCAAGGGCUUAUUCAAUCAGCUGCUUCAGGAGUUAACACUCAACCGCUCGAAAAAGAUUUAGAAAAAAUGAACGACCAAUGGAACGCACUUAAAGAAAAAAUUAAUGAUCGUGAACGUAAGCUUGAUAUUGCUCUGUUACAAUCAGGAAAGUUCCAAGAAGCUUUGGAUGGCUUAGCAAAAUGGCUUGCCGAUACUGAAGGCUUGGUUGCCAACCAAAAACCAAUAUCAGCUGAUUACAAAGUAGUGAAGGCACAAUUACAGGAACAGAAAUUCUUAAAGAAAAUGUUAUUGGACAGGCAAAACUCUAUGUCAUCUCUCUUUAAUAUGGGCAAUGAUAUUGCCAAAGAAGCUGAACCAUCUGAGAGAAAAGCUAUUGAAAAACAACUUAAAGACCUUAUUGGUCGUUUUGAUGCUUUGACGGAAGGUGCUCAACAACGUACACUUGACUUAGAACAUGCCAUGAAGGUAGCCAAAGAAUUCCAGGACAAACUAAUUCCGUUGCAAGACUGGUUAGAACGUAGCGAAAAGAAAGUCAGAGAUAUGGAACUUAUACCAACCGAUGAGGAAAAAAUUCAACAACGAAUCCGGGAACAUGAUGCUUUACAUAAUGAUAUUUUAAGCAAGAAACCUGACUUUAGCGAAUUAACUGAUGUAGCUUCAAAUCUCAUGUCCCUUGUUGGUGAAGACGAAGCAUCUACUUUAGCUGAUAAAUUAACAGAAGUAACUGAUCGAUAUGGUAAUCUUGUAGAUGCAAGUGAAAAUAUUGGCCAAUUGUUGACAGCUUCGCGUCAAGGAUUGCGUCAUCUUGUUCUUACUUACCAAGAUUUAGCUUCAUGGAUGGAUUCCAUGGAGCAGCGACUAGCCCGCUAUAAAGUCCUCGCUGUUCACACUGACAGACUUUUAGAACAAAUGGAUGACCUAACAUCUUUAACUGAAGAUAUUGCUGGACGUCAAGGAGAUGUCGAUGGAACUGUAGAUGCUGGUGUAGAACUUAUGCGUCACAUUUCAUCUGAUGAAGCUUUGCAAUUAAAAGAUAAACUUGACUCUUUACAACGCCGCUAUAAUGAUCUGACUUCUCGAGGUGCAGAUUUGCUUAGGCUUUCCCAAAACUUGCUGCCUUUAGUCCAGAAAUUCCACAACAACCACAAUAGGUUGGUUGAAUGGAUGCAAGGUGCUGAAUCGAUUUUACAGUCCGCUGAAUCUAAUGAAGGCGAUAUCGCUCGCCUAGAAGUAGACUUACAAGAAUUAAGGCCAGUAUUGGAAGCAAUUAACGUUUUGGGACCACAACUGUGUCAAGCUAGUCCUGGAGAGGGUGCCGCAACAAUUGAAGGGUUAGUUACAAGGGACAAUAGAAGAUUUGAUGCUAUUGCAGAACAAAUUCAAAGACGUGCUGAAAGAAUUCAUCUUGGCAAACAAAGAGCUUUGGAGGUGACUGGAGAUAUUGAUGAAUUAUUGGAGUGGUUUAGAGAAGUUGAGGGACAAAUUAGAGAUGCCGAAAAGCCUUCAGCGGAGCCUGAUUUAAUUAGAGUUCAAUUAAAAGAACACAAAGCUCUGAAUGAUGAUAUCUCUAGUCAAAAGGGCAGAGUACGGGAUAUAUUAUCAACUGCAAAGAAGGUUCUUCGAGAAAGUCCUCCAAGUGAAGAUACGAGUUUGAUUAGGGAGAAAAUGGAAGAUUUACGUGAAGCUAUGGAUACAGUUUCAGCACUUAGCUCUGACAGACUAGGUAUUUUAGAACAAGCCCUACCAUUAGCCGAACACUUCCAUGAUACUCAUAUUGAUCUGGUAAAUUGGCUUGGUGAUAUGGAAGAACAAAUUUCCAUGCUUUCCAUGCCAGCUCUUCGGCCAGAAGUUAUUGCACAACAACAAGAUCGCAAUGAGAUGUUCCUACAAUCCAUUAAUGAACACAAACCGCUUGUUGACAAAUUAAACAAAACUGGAGAGGCUCUUGUAAGGCUUUGCAAUGAGGAUGAUGGCUCUAAAGUGCAAGAAAUACUUGACAAUGACAAUGCCAGAUAUGCAGCUUUGAAGCUAGAAUUGAGGGAAAGGCAGCAAGCGCUGGAACAGGCUAUGCAAGAAAGCUCCCAAUUUUCUGAUAAAUUAGAAGGAAUGUUGAGAGCUCUUACCAACACUGCUGAUCAAGUUCAUAAUCAAGAACCUAUAUCAGCUCAUGUACCUAAAAUCCGCGAUCAAAUUGAAGACAAUGAUGCUAUUGUUAGUGAUUUAGAUAAAAGAAAGGAAGCAUAUGCUGCAGUACAACGUGCUGCUGAUGACGUUAUCCAUAAGGCAGGCAAUAGAGCUGACCCAGCUGUUAAAGAUAUCAAACGAAAACUUGAUAAACUCAAAAACCUAUGGGAAGAUGUUCAAAAAGCCACCAAGGAUCGUGGAAACUCUUUGGACAAUGCUUUGGAUGUCGCGCAGAAAUUCUGGAAAGAAUUGCACGCCAUUAUGGCUACUCUUAAAGAUCUUGAAGAUUCUUUAGUCAGUCAAGAACCACCGGCAGUUGAACCUAAAGCCAUCCAAGAGCAACAAGUGGCCUUGCAAGAAAUUAGACAAGAGAUUGAUCAAACUAAACCUGAAGUUGAUCAAGUUAGAUCCUCUGGUCAAAAAUUAAUGAAAUUAUGCGGGGAGCCAGAUAAACCUGAAGUUAAGAAGCACAUUGAAGACCUUGACAAUGCUUGGGAUAAUAUCACAGCCUUGUUUGCUAAGCGUGAAGAAAAUCUUAUUGACGCUAUGGAAAAAGCGAUGGAAUUCCAUGAGACUUUGCAUGAUAUUUUGGCAUUCUUGGACAAAGCUGAAAAGAAAUUCGAAAAGAUGGGUCCUUUGGGUGCUGAUAUUGAUGCUGUCAAGAAGCAGAUUGAUCAGCUCAAAAACUUCAAGGCUGAAGUUGAUCCUCAUAUGGUUAAAGUUGAAGCACUUAAUAGGCAAGCUCAAGAACUCACAGAGCGCACUACAGCAGAUCAAGCAGUCGCCAUCAAAGAACCCCUUUCAGCAGUCAAUAAGCGGUGGGACGAUUUACUUAGAGGCAUGGUCGAGAGACAGCGGCAACUGGAAAAUGCUCUGUUACGUUUGGGACAAUUUCAACACGCCCUCAGCGAGCUUCUUGUUUGGAUUUCAAAAACUGACAAGACUCUCGAUGAACUCAAGCCAGUGGCAGGUGACGCCCAAGUCCUAGAAAUAGAAUUAGCCAAGCUUAAAGUGCUUAUCAAUGAUAUUCAAGCCCAUCAGACCAGUGUGGAUACACUGAAUGAUGCUGGAAGACAAAUUAUCGAAAGUGGGGAAGAUCGCCAUGAAGCAUCUGCAACUCAAGAAAAACUCAACACCCUCAACACUCAAUGGCGCUCUCUAGUGCAAAAAGCAGCCGAUAGACAACGUGAGCUUGAAGAUGCUCUCACUGAUGCUCACAGAUUCAAUGCUGAAAUUCAAGAUCUACUUUCAUGGUUGGGUGAAGUUGACGGUAUCAUCGCCGCUUCUAAGCCUGUUGGAGGUCUUCCUGAAACCGCAUCCGAACAGCUGGAACGUUUCAUGGAAAUUUAUAAUGAAGUUGAAGAAAACAGACCUAAAGUUGAAACAGUUUUGGCUGAAGGACAAGAGUAUCUUAAAAAGGCACCGCCAAAUUCUGCAUCUAAUCUGCAACAUAAUCUGCGUACUUUGAAACAACGUUGGGAUUCCGUGACUGCUAGAGCUAAUGAUAAGAAAAUUAAAUUGGAAAUUGCUCUUAAGGAAGCUACAGAAUUCCACGAAUCACUACAAGCAUUUGUUGAUUGGUUAACUAACGCUGAAAAGAUUUUGACAAGCCUAAAACCAGUUUCAAGAGUUUUGGAUACGGUUCAACAACAAAUCGAAGAACACAAAAUAUUCCAAAAAGAUGUUAGUGCUCAUCGUGAAAUCAUGCUGGCUUUAGACAAAAAGGGAACCCAUCUUAAAUAUUUCAGCCAAAAACAAGAUGUCAUUUUAAUCAAGAAUCUUCUAAUCAGUGUCCAACAUAGAUGGGAGCGUGUAGCCUCAAAAUCAGCUGAACGUACAAGAGCUUUGGAUCUGGGCUAUAAAGAGGCCAAAGAAUUCCACGACUCCUGGUCAGCAUUAAUGAAUUGGCUAGAUGAUACCGAUCAAAACUUAGACCAAUUCAUGUCUGAUACUGCAGGUAAUGAUCCAGAGAAAAUUAAGGCUCGUUUAUCCAAACACCACGAAUUUCAACGCGCCCUUUCUGCUAAACAAUCCACUUAUGAUACUGUAAUGAAGAAUGGCAAACAGCUUAAAGAUAAAGCACCUAAAACUGAUGAAACAACUAUUAAACAGAUGCUUGCAGAGCUUAAAAACAAAUGGACAUCUGUCUGCAAUAAGAGCGUAGAAACUCAACGAAAACUUGAAGAAGCCCUCCUUUAUUCUGGUCAAUUUAAAGAUGCCGUUGCUGCUCUCAUGGAAUGGCUUAGAAAGGCCGAAAAAGAAUUAUCAGAAGACAGUCCAGUACAUGGUGAUCUAGACACUGUGAACCAUUUAUUCGACUUGCACAGGCAGUUUGAAAAAGAACUUGAAAAACGAAAUGAUCAAAUGGAAUCCGUUAUGCGAAAUGGUCAAGAAUUGGAGAGGACUGCAAGCAAACAUGAUGCCGCGCAUAUUAGAAGACAAUUAACAGAUUUGACGCAAUUAUGGGAAUCUGUUACUGGACUUUCUCAUCUGAAGACUGAUAGAUUACAUGAUGCUUUGAAGGAGGCUGAAAAGCUUCAUAAGUCAGUUAAUAUGAUAUUGGACUGGUUGUCUGAUGCUGAAAUGAAACUUCGUUUUGUGGGAAGCACUCCUGAAGAUGAAGCUACAGCCUAUGAGCAACUAAAAGCUUUGGAUGAAUUCAGAGCUCAACUCAAUCAGAAAGAAAUUGAAAAAGAUCAAACUCUCAAUUUGGCACAUAAUAUCCUCGCCAAAUCCCAUCCCGACUCAAUAAACGUAAUCAAAAAUUGGAUUAAAGUUAUUCAAUCCAGAUGGGAAGAAGUUUCCCAAUGGGCUCUUCAAAGACACCAAAAACUUUCUAGUCAUAUGCAAUCCUUACGAGACAUGGAUGAAACCCUAGAAGAACUUAUUCAAUGGCUCUUGGGACUUGAAAACACACUUAUAGCUUUGAAAAGAGAGGAGCUUCCUAUGGACAUUCCAGCUACGGAGCAAUUGAUUGCUGACCAUAAAGAAUUCAUGGAGAACACGCAAAAAAGACAAGUUGAAGUUGAUAGAGUGUGCAAAGCUAAGCAGGUUAAACUUGCUCAAGCUGUUAAGGAUCCCAGGAAGUUUGGAAAAGGGAAAGGACCUAUGUACGUAUAUUUAUUUAUGAUUUACAUUAGUCAUCGCGGAUCACAGCACGAUAUUCAUGAAAGUUCAUCCGACUACGGCACCCUUGGACGCAAGCAAAGUUCUAAAUCCAAGAUAAUAAUAUCAGAGUUACAUCCACCUUUCAACCCCCAAAAACUAACAAUCACAAAACUCUAUAGCGAACCGGAAUUCCGUUCACCCCGAGUGAAAUUCCUCUACGACAAAUGGCGUCAUGUAUGGGUACUGGAAUGGGAAAGACAAAGAGAGCUGUACGAUCAUUUGGCUUAUUUGAAGGAAAAAGAAAAGGCCGACAACUUCUCGUGGGAUGACUGGAGAAAACGCUUCCUGAAGUUUAUGAAUUACAAAAAAUCCAGGCUUACAGAUUUGUUUAGAAAAAUGGAUAAGGAUAACAACGAACUGAUACCGAGGGAAGAUUUCAUUGAUGGAAUUAUUAGGACUAAAUUUGACACUUCGAGACUAGAAAUGAAACACGUCGCUGAUAUGUUUGAUGAAAACAACAGAGGCUUAAUAGAUUGGAAGAAAUUCAUUGCAGCCCUCAGGCCAGAUUGGGAAGAAAAGGCACCCGACCAUGACGCCCAGAAAAUACACGAUGAAGUUAAACGGCUGGUUAUGCUAUGUACUUGCAGACAGAAAUUCAGAGUGUUCCAAGUUGGAGAAGGAAAAUAUCGCUUUGGAGAGAGUCAAAAAUUACGCCUAGUGCGUAUUCUCCGUAGUACUGUGAUGGUACGUGUCGGAGGUGGCUGGGUAGCCCUCGAUGAGUUCCUUGUGAAAAACGAUCCAUGCAGAGCUAAAGGCCGCACUAACAUUGAGCUACGUGAGCAAUUCAUCUUGGCGGACGGCGUGUCUCAAACCAUGACCGCUUUUAAGAGCAAACGGUCUUCAGCCACUCCCGUUUCCGGUUCCUCUUCGAGUUCACUACGCACACCUCAAGGGCCAAUCACUAAGAUUUUCUUCUAUACAGGUAAAUACAGCUUAGCAAUAGAUAACGCCCACGAACACUUGGCCGAACUAAUGCCGAUCUUUGACGAGAUCCGACGUAGGGGAGAAACUGGCAACGCGUAUCCACUGCACGUGGGAUCCACCGCGGGCCCCACACUUCACAUGGCCCAUGCCAACCCCAACACUUGCUACUGGGUCAGAGAAAGAUCUCAGAGGUCCGUACCAAUGGGAAGCCUUCCAAGAAAUUCCAAAUCCGGUCUUUCUGCCGGUACUCCAGAUUCUCUUAGCGAUAACGAGAGCGGUUUCAGAACUCCCAAAAGGCCAAGUUAUAGGUCAGCACUGACUCCAGGAGGUUCGAGGAAUAAUUCCCGGCCUACUUCUAGGACUGGAAGUCGACCUGGUAGCAAACCACCUUCCAGGCAUGGAUCGAAUUUAUCUUUAGAUAGCACUGAAUUAGUUAGAUUGAUGCCUAUUCAAGAGUUUGCUCAAAAUCAGACGAGUGCCAAGUUAAUUACGGCAACAUCGCCUAAUUCAGUUUCACUAUCAAACUCAGUGACCUUACAAAAUUCAUUGGCCUUGGCCAACAAGGAUAACACGAACGAAUCAUCGCUUACUUCAGCCAAGGAACAGCACAUUCAGCUCUUAUACAAAAUCAACUUACCGGGCCUCACAGUAUUAAUUAAACCAAGCCUCAACUUGGGAACUAAUGUUUCUGACCUGAUUAAGGCAGUACCAUUUUCGCCUAAAAAAAUACCAAGACGAACCCCAACAACAUCAGGUCGUAGUUCAGCGACUACCUCUACAGCAAGAAAAGCUUUGAAUGGUACAAACUCCACACCAAGAACUCCUAGUGGUCUAAGAUCGCCUGCUAGUCCAGCUUUAAGGACACGAACACCUUCUGGUUCUAAUACUCCCGUACAUCCCGAUCAGCAGACAGCAGUAUCCCGCUUAUUACGAAAAAAUUCGGGAGCAUCCGAAACACCAACGGGACAGGCUCGUAAAAAGAAAUCAACCAUCGAAGACCGAGAGCCUUUUAGGUUAUAAAAUUAAGUGUAGAAUUUAAAAUUUAUUUUAUUUUAGUUUAGGUUUCCUUAACUUAUUUCAAAACUUAAAAUGACUGACAUAAGUUAGCUUUGUAUUUCUAAAAAAAAAGGUUUGUUCAUAUUUUUGUAUAAAAAAAAAAACUUGUUAAUUUAUUUAGGGUUCCAAAGAGUGAUGCCUUUUUGGUUGGCAAAAAUCGCCAGUUUUGCCAAUCGGAGACGCUUUAUUUAUUGUGAAUUGAUGAUAAUUUGAUGGAAAAGUUUAGUGAAUUUAGGUAUGAAAUGAAAAAAUAUUAGGAGAAAAUCGAGGAAUGUAAUAAUUUUGUUUUUGUAUAAAUUAGUUGCCAUAUAUUAUUAUUAUUAUAAAUCAAGAUCGAAUUAUUUAUAUUUUUAUUUAAGAGUUUUUAUGCUUUAGUUAUUCGAUUUUGUUCUUUUUACCAAAACUUUUUACUUGUAUUAUAUUAUUGUCAAUCAAUAGGAUGGGACCAUUUUUUUAAGUUGAUCUUUUAUUUGAAUGUUUACUAAUUUUUUUUUGUCUAACCAACGCUUCACAAUAUUAUUCACUAUGUAAUAUUAUUUCAUAAUUUUGUUGCUAGUGCAGUUCUAGCAAAAGUUCGAAAGUGUGAUUACCAAACUAGAUGCGUUUGGAGAUGUCUUACAAUCGCCAGUGUAAGAUGUUUUUUGAACGUGUCUUUCUCUAUGUAUUGCUUUUGUAUUAUUUAUUUAACUGUUAAUAAAAACUAAAUUUUAUUA